AUGACGGUCAACACCACCAUUAAUUCUAAGACUCCUCCUAAUCCACGUAAUCAAAUUGAGCUGGAACGUAACAAUGCUCAAUUUGAUAUCACCAAGAUGAACUAUUUUUUGGAAGGUUCCAAAGAACGUUCUGAGGAGGUGGAAAGAUUUAUCCAGCAGAUGGAAAGAGAUCCUAUUUUGGCGGCAUCUCCCAAACAGUACGAUUUCACUAAGGCUGAACAUCGUGAAUGGACGGCCAAAAAAAUUGCUCGUCUUUCCAAGUAUAUUGAACUGGAAACUUUUGAUGAAUUUGAACGUCGUAUUAGUUUGAUUAGUGUUUUUGAUCCUCAAUUGCAUACUAGAAUUGGGGUUCACUUGGGGUUGUUUAUUGGCUGUCUUCGAGGCAAUGGUUCCUUUGACCAAAUGGGUUAUUGGGCUUUGAAAAAGGAGACUGCUUUUGUUAAAAAUAUAUAUGGUUGUUUUGCCAUGACGGAAUUGGCCCAUGGAUCCAACGUUGCUGGUUUGGAAACCACCGCUACUUUUGAUCAGGAAGAAGAUCAAUUUGUUAUUAAUACUCCUCAUAUUGGUGCCACCAAAUGGUGGAUUGGUGGUGCUGCUCACUCGGCUACUCAUGCUGCUGUUUAUGCCAGAUUGAUUGUAAAGGGUAAAGAUUAUGGGGUUAAAACUUUUGUUGUUCCUUUAAGAGAUAGCAAACAUGAUUUACUCCCUGGUAUUUCGAUUGGGGAUAUCGGGGCUAAAAUGGGUAGAGAUGGUAUCGAUAAUGGUUGGAUUCAAUUUUCAAGUGUUCGUAUUCCAAGAUAUUUCAUGUUACAAAAAUAUACUAAAGUUACCGCUGAUGGUGAUGUUAAAUUACCUCCAAAUGAUCAAUUAUCUUAUUCUGCUUUGUUAAGUGGACGUGUGGUUAUGGUUAAAGAUGCUUUUAGAUGGUCUUCCAGAGUUAUUACUAUUGCUACUCGUUAUGCCGUUGGUAGACGUCAAUUUAAAGCUGCCACUGCUAAACCAGAUGACUUGGAAUCAAAAUUAAUUGAUUAUCCUUUACAUCAACGUCGUUUGAUUCCAAUCUUGGCCUUAACUUAUGCCUUUUCAAAUGGUGCUAAUGUCUUGGCUGAAACCUCUUCUAAAACUUUGGAAGAAUUGGAUGAUGCCGUUGCUGAUGAAAAUCAAGCUGGUAUUGAUGCCGGUAUUGAAAGUAUGAAAUCUUUAUUCAUUGCCUCUGGUUCCUUGAAAUCAACUUGUACUUGGUUAACCUUGAAAAAUAUCGAUGAAUGUAGACAAUCUUGUGGUGGUCACGGUUAUUCCUCCUAUGCUGGUUUUGGUAAAGCUUUUAAUGAUUUUGCUGUUCAAUGUACUUGGGAAGGUGAUAAUAAUAUCUUGGGUAUGUCUGUUGGUAAACAAUUGGUUAAAAAUAUUUCGUCUGUCUUGAAGGAUGGAGUCCAAACUAGUGGUAUCUUGGAAUUUUUAAACAAUUCAAAAUCAAUCAUUGGUGAUAAAGUUAUUUUAACUCCAAAUGAUUUGAAAAAUCCAAGAAAAGUUUUGGAAGCUGUUGAAGUUGCCAUUGUCAGAGCUUCAAAUCAAGCUUUAAUCACUUUGGAUGCUAGAAAUCAAGAUUGGGAUUAUAUUGGUGCUGAUUUGGUUCAAUUAUCUAAAUUAUUGGCUCAUUUCUUUUUAUUAAAAUCUUUCUUAGAUAAGGUUGAUGCAAUCCCAGAAAGAGAAUUGGUUCCAGUUUUAGACAAAUUGGCCCAAUUAUAUUCUGCUUCUAUUAUCUUGGAAGGUUUCUCCGGUAUUUUCUUAACUUACAAAGUUGUUUCAACUGAAACUAUUUCUUACUUAUCUGCUGAACAUAUUCCUACUUUAUGUACUGAUUUAAGACCUCAUGUUAUUCCUUUAACUGAUGCCUUCCAAUUAUCCGAUAUGAUGAUCAACUCAUCCUUGGGUUCUUACGAUGGUAAUAUCUAUGAAAAUUACUACAAGAUUGUUAAAGACAAUAACCCUCCAUAUAUUGAUAAAGCACCAUAUUCUAAAGAUUUCGAAGCUUUGUUGAACAGACCUUCCUUAGAAGAAAGACAACGUGACGAAAUCUCCGACGAAGCUCAAGAAAUUUUAUCUAGUGAUAAGUAA